GCGUGCGCAGUGGCCCCCUGCGCCGGCUCAGCUCGCUCCCCACCCUCAGCCCAAGCCAUGGAGGUGGAGGCGGAUGCGGGCUCUGUGGUUUCGGGGCUGUCGGGAGGGGAUGGUGCCGGCGCGGGCCCCGCCGAUGAAGACCAGGAGAUGGAGGGAGCCCCCGGCUGCUCGGGGUCGCGCUCCCUGCCCUUCGAGUUCGAGCGGAGCCGCUCGGAAUCCAGCGGCGAUGAGGACGAUGAAGAUGACGAGGAGGAGGAGAUGGAGGAAGAAGAGCUCGAGGGGGACUCCGGGGUUCGCUUUGGUACAGACGACGGCGAGCUCGACUCGGACGACGACCGGGAGCGUAUGAUAAACCUGGCAGAGUUGACCCCUUACAUCCUGUGUUCCAUCUGCAAAGGUUACUUUAUUGAUGCUACAACUAUUACAGAGUGUCUGCACACCUUUUGUAAAAGCUGCAUAGUGAGACACUUCUACUAUAGCAACAGAUGUCCAAAAUGCAAUAUAGUUGUACAUCAGACACAGCCCCUCUAUAACAUCAGACUGGACAGGCAACUACAAGACAUAGUCUAUAAAUUAGUUGUCAAUUUGGAGGAAAGAGAAAAAAAACAAAUGCAUGACUUCUAUAAAGAAAGAGGAUUAGAAGUGCCCAAACCAGCUGUCCCACAGCCAGUUCCAGCAAGCAGAGGAAGACCUCGAAAAGUUCUGGGCUCCGUGUUCCGGAUCCCACCAGAACUUGACAUCUCAAUACUGCUCGAAUUCAUUGGAGCUAACGAAGGCACAGGGAAUUUUAAGCCUUUGGAAAAGAAGUUUGUGCGUGUUUCAGGGGAGGCAACUAUUGGACACGUGGAGAAAUUCCUCAGAAGGAAGAUGGAUCUGGAUCCUGCUUGUCAGGUAGACAUAAUAUGUGGUGAUCACCUGCUAGAGCACUACCAGACACUGAGGGAGAUCCGGCAAGUCAUAGGAGAGAGUGCUGUACAGGAUGGCUUGCUUGUGCUGCACUAUGGCCUGGUGGUAUCUCCGCUCACCAUUCCUUAGAUUGCUACACUAUCAGCUAUUUAUGUGAAAGAAUCCAAAGUCAUGAAGCUCCUUCACUGCUGUUUCUCACCAAAGAACGCCAUCAUGUUUUCUGUGACAGGAAGCAAGUAGAAGAAACUAUCACUGACUGCUGUAUGCUUGUAACUUGCAUCUGACUUUAGCACUGUUUUUUGUUUGUUUGUUUUUUAAGUGUUCAGUACAUACAGCUAUCAAUUUUCACUUAGCUCAGGGACUUUAAAUGCUCAGAGUUGCUGCAUUUCUUUAAAUAAUUCUUAAACCCACAAGAUCUCACAGGGUAAACAGGCUUUUUCCUUAAGCUAUGGGAUUUUGCUUACUUCCUAAGUGUCUAGCUAGAACAGUAUUCUCAGGGAUGAUCUUCAGUGGGCAGUACACUGUAUUCUGGGGUGGAAACAGUCAUAGGGUGCAGAAAAGCUUGUAGUGAUCAUCUGACUUCAGAUGUGAUUCAGGAGAGGAAGGAGACUCUUCAAAUGGAGACCAAAAUAGGUAGGAAAUGAUGUCUCACAAACUUUAUUCAGUUGUUUUUCUUGAAGAAAAACAAUUUUGAUUGCACUUGAAAAAUAUUUGCUGGUAGUUUGACUUACAUCAAGUUGUGGGUCACGCAUCUCUAGUCUGAAUGGAGGUGAGCUGGCUGUAAGCUGGUUAAACUAUGCAUGGAGGGGGGAAAAAAAGCAUCACCUCGUUCUACCUGCUUGCUGUAUUUUAAAAUAGCCUAAUUCUGCUGUCGUGUAAAAUCUGUCAUAUGACUUGACUAGCAGGAGCACAGUUUCCUUCAUUCCAGCACACAGCUUUCUAGCAGUAGUGAAAAAUGGUAGCUUUUUCCACUCUUCCCAGCAUGUGUUAGUGAAUUGUAGUGGAGAGUGGGUCUGAAGGGUUAAAUAGCAUAGUGUGUGCCUCUUCAUACUGCCUUUAUGGAGGGUAGUAGGUAACAUUUUUGUUCAUUUGUUUCAACAUAUUAAAUUACUGGGUUUUGGGACAGCUGUAGUAUUCCAGUUCUGUCCUGUUGAACUUUUUCAUGGUCUCUUGUGCAGCAUUAAGGAACAGAGCUUUCUGUGCAGUGCUCUUGCUGCACGUUCUGUCUUAUGUGUGGGGAUUCAUGAAAGCCACUGUUAAGAACCAGGCUGCCUCUAUAGUCAGCGUAGUGAAGGGAAGAAGAUUCCUUAGUGAGGCAUUUUAGAGCACUUAAGUUAGCUCAAAUGUGUUUGCUUACUGUCCUAUUUGCUGCAGUGCUGUCAGCAUACUAAUACUGGCAUUUCUUGUCUAAAGAAAGCUUUCAUGAAUCCUUCAGCUCUUUACAGAAAGUGUUAAGUUUUGCCUGUGAGGGCAACACCACACACAAAAAAAAAAGUCUUAUUUGAAGUAGUUCUUGUGAUGCUUCUAAAAAAAAAAAAGAACAAAGACAUGUCUAACUAUAAUUGCCUAUUUUCCCUUCGAAGUUUGUACAAAAGUAGUGUUUAAAAUACAUUAGAAAAUUGAUUGAAUUAUUUUGUAAAGACUUUGUGAGUUGUGUUGAUAAGAGACUAUAUAUUGUAAUGGUAAAAUAAAAUUUAUUUUAGCCAAUUUUAAAUUGAACACUUGUUUCCAUUUCAUCUUCCCUUUUGUCAGCCUCUAAGUUGUAGCAGUUCAACAUUGAAAGUGCUGGAUGUGCCCUGGUGUUGCUAGGAUCACACAUUUCAGUGAGAAAGCUUAACUAUGAAAGAUGGUUUAAUAUCAGAAUGUCUACUGGAGCUAACUGGUAUCAUUACCUGGAAUAAAAUGAAAUCUCAGAUGAAUUAUCAACACAGAUACAGGACAAAUAAUCCUGUAAUGGAGACAUCAUUAAGCCCCCUGUGAACCAGGUCUUUCUCUGCCACUCUGAUGAUCACAGCUGUACACAAGGUGACUGGCUUGACAAUACUGCCACUUCUUGUUUCAUCACUACUUACUGUUUUGUUUUCUAUCUGUAGCUCUAUUAUAGUUGUGUUUUAUGUUGCAAAUUCUUCCCUAGUCUGGGCUCAAACAUCAUGCCUAUGAAAGGGCUUUGCAGAGUUUAACAGGCAUACAGAAGCUGAUAGUUAAUUCAAAUUUAUGUCUGUCUAGGAUAAUGCUGGCUUUUGCAUAAUCUAGCUAAACCAUCUGCUAAACUGGUACUGUUCUGACUGAAGCAGUAACAGUAUCAGAGGUCUCUGCACUAUCUUUACAGAGUUUAUCCAUAGAGUAAACCAUGUACCAUUUAAAAUGAAAAAGUCAAGACUUUCCAAUCUUCCAGUCACUUAAUGAUAGAAGAUCUACAGGUAGAAUGCAUAAAACUGCAUUCAGAAACAGGAGUGUUGCCUGGAAUAUUUUGUGUGAGCCCUUAGUGAUGUUUUAUUUCCCAAUAAUUUAUUGUCUGCUUCUUUCUUUCCCUUCCUCAGCUGCCUCCAUACAGCAUAUUCUUUGCAAAGUUGUCUUGGCUGAACGUUUUGCUUUCUUCUACCUUAAAGUGUACCCUCAAGGCACUGAUGCUUUACCUGCUCUCCAGCUCCUGCUGCACCCCCUGGGGUUCUGCUGUGACACACCAGUGUGCAGUGGGGCUGACCUUUGGCAGUUGUCGAGGCUGAAAUGUGGGCUGUGCAGUUCCCCACAUAAUCAGCCCGCUUGCUUAAAAAUGUGCCAAUCUUCUUGCAGCUCUGCUGCUGCUGUUUUAUUUCUGUUGGUCUCCUUUUAACCUUGGCUUUCCUCCAGCCGCUUGUGGUUCUGAUGAUAGAAUUGCUUCUGUAACAACAGGCCGCCUAUGGGAUGGCGUCUCUGCCCUUGUGGGAGAUGAGCCAGCCUCGUGCUCAGGAGGUGAGAGAAUGUGGGCUUGGACUUGUGUGUUGAUUUACAGACACUGUAUCAUUUCAUUGCGUGAUGAAAUAGUUCUGGUCUUAUUUUAUGGUUACCUAUUUAGAGAUGACAUGGCUGAUGCUGAGCUUACAGUUCUGCUGACUCCUAGCGGAGAAGACUGAGCUGUGAUGUCAGGAGCUCUCAUAAACGCACAGUCAAGCUGUGGUCGAGUCAUGAGCAUUGAGCCAUGUAGGUUCUGUUUUCCUUGUGUUUAAUCUGGAUUUAGUGUAGUAUGGUAAGUUUCAGGAGACUAAUAAAACUUGUAGCUGGAGAGAGUGUGAUGGUGAUGUGUAAAUAUUAUUUAUUUUCUGAAUAUUGCUGUUACACUUGGACCUGAAUUGUGCUGCCACAAGACGAGCAAAAAGAAGCCAGGAAGUGCCUUAACACUUGUUUCCAAGUUUCCAAAGAUACAGAGCAGCCAACAAGCUUCACUAAAAAAUCCUUCCAGCUGUCUGUUACUGUGUAUUAUCUUUUGCUUUGCAGGGAGGAGGGACAGAUUAUCCACACAAGUCUCAACAGAGAGAGGUUACCAGGUGCCAACCUGAAUGUUUAUGUUUAAAAUGCUGUUGUACUGCUGUGAUGGAUACUUCUGGGAAAUGGAGAAUGUUGCAAACAGUACCUUCUCAUCACUAGCUUUUUUCUUUUUUUUUUCUCUAUUACAUUUUUCUGUAACCAUUUCAACACAAAGAGAAGAAAGGUAAGUUGAAUUUUGCACGUCAUCUUUGGAAUCUCUCCUGAAAUGAGAAAUGAGCCAGCAAAUCUUACAUUUGUUUAAGUUUCAGAAAGGGACCAUACAUGCAGGUCAGCUGGUCAAAUUCUGUUGUUUUCUGAGAUGAAUAGUAGUUCCUGCUGUGAAAUGUGAUACUGAUGUACUGCUUUGCGGCUGCAGAAUUCCUGUGAGGCUGUAUCGCCAUCUUUAUUGUGUUUUGAUUUAGUAUGAAUAUAUAUUUGUGCCAAAGCAGUAGUGAUCUGCAAAAGAAACAUUUCCCCAAGCGGAAGGGAGAUUCUAUAUUUUCUACUUGCUUGAUAAAACAAUCAAUUUGGAAAUGUAA